CUGUAGGUGGGGGACAAUUAAGCUUGGUCUGGAAGAAGUAAUGUGGAUCAACAGAGGCAGAGAAACUUAAUGCUGAAGCAGCUACUGACUGAGAUUCUGCCUCGAGAACGCGGUCUUUGCUUUUUGCUUGGGGCAAGAGGUUCUGGUGAAGAAGGUCAGCUUGGAAGAUUUUUCCCUGAUUCUAGAUUGAGACAACAGUUCUUGGUCGAAGCUGCACAUCAAUGUCAAGAAGCUGGAUUAUAUGACAAAUCCAUAGAGAUACAGAAGAGGGUGGGUGCAUUUUCGGCUGCCUUGGAGACUAUAAACAAGUGUCUAUCUGAAGCCAUCUGUUCUUUUGCCCGUGGAAGGUUGGAUGGUGAAAGCAGAACAUCAGGGCUUAUUCUUGCAGGGAACGAUAUUCUUCAGACUUACAAAUAUUACCCUGGAUUCAGUCUCCAGGAAAGACAGCGAGUGAUGGAACUAGAAACCAUACUAAGAGAGCUUGAGGCAAUACUAUAGAUCCACAAGUGCUGGAGCAGGAUUGGAGAAAAGAAAAAACGUGACUUCCUUCAGAGCCUCAGCAGAAUAUCAAUGCUACCUAAAACGAAUUUGAUUGAUACAAGCAGAGAGGCUCAUGCUGGUCAACUAGUGCCGGUGGCUUCGAGUCCUCCAAUAUCCUCAACACCAGGCAAAGAACUCGUGGCUCUGGCUAACAUACCCAUUCAUGAGAAAAAAGCAUAUGUGUAUGGAGAGGUUGUGAAGAUACUUAACACUUCAAGAGAAUGAGGCUUGCCAUUUAGAGUAUGGAUUUCCUAUACCUUGUCUUAAAACUUAGUACUGGUUCACUUUACUUGAAUUUACUGUUGAUAAAUAAUAUUCGUUUUCCUUAACUAGUUUUAGAAGUCUAGCUAGAAUUGUUACUCUUUUGAUCUGCGUUAUAGCUUCUUCAGAUGUUGACUAGUUUUCAUACAUAUAUUUUCUUGUUCACCAAAAUCAAGGGAUCAUCAAUAUCUCAGGCAGAGUUGCUGGAGAGGGUCUGGGGACAGAAAAUUUUGUUGAGUUUUGGCUAGGAGCUGUGAUAAACCAUUCAGGAUUGUUGCUUAUGCUUGUGAGGACACGUGAAAAUGGAUUUAUACCGUAUGAAUACAACUUGGAGAAGGAUGCAAUGAGACAGGUUGAAACUAGUUUUCGCUUCAGUUUAGAUUACCAUGAAAAUCUGGAGGAGUAUAUUGCCACUCUUGUUCCUACUAGACCACCUCUACUAAGUUUAGCUUUAUGUUUUUAUAAAUGCGAUUUCUUCACAUAACAUUGUUUCUUACUUCGACUCAAUUGAUGGGUUAAUUUUGUUGUUUCUAUUCCUUUCGUUAAGUGAAUGAGAAAUGCAGUGAAGAGUAA